GCAAACACAUGGCUAAGCUUGGCUUCCUUUAUUAUUAUGGUUUUAGUUCUCAAUAUGAUGCAGCUUUCUGCAUUAGAUAGUCUACUCUCAUUUACUUGUUUCUUGGAGCAAUUACCAAGCAUGUUUCCUUCAAAACAUUGCUUUAUUGUAUUGAUCUAUCCUUAAUUAUUCAUUGUGCUCUCUUUAAGUUAUUUUCAUGUGCAGUUAGCAAGUCAUAUUUACAUCCGAAGAUGUUUUAUUUUUAUUAGAGUUUUUCUAGCUUUAACAAUUCUACACAUCGCUUGGGGUUGCUUUCUUUUUUUUUUUUUUAAUAUGGAUGAUCUUAUAAACAUUGCUCAAAUCUGGCGUCACGAAAACAUCUGAUUUUGUUGGUAAUUUAGAUGAACUACUGCUAACCAAUGUGCAAUAUACUACCUUCAAGCUUUCAUGCCUUUCUAGCCAACAUGAUACAUUGACAUGAUAACUAGGUUUGGUUUACAAACAAUAUUUACAGCUUCCUCUUUCUGUUAUCUAUUAGUUCUAUUCCAUUCCAAUGCCACGUUGACUGAUGGAGAUUUAGCUAUUAAGUAGAUGAAGUUAGCAUUUGGCAAAAUUUAGGUCAGGAGACUAUAUAAAGCACUUAUAAAGUCUGGUUACAUCUUGAGGCGAGUAUCUUUUUAUGCAGAAAACUCGAAGUUGUUCCAGUAUUUUCCUCAUGGCUUGAAAGAUUUUAGCUGUAUUGUUUCCUUGCAUCACUCAUAGCAGAUCAUCGGAACCACAGUAUAUUAAUCAGUUAGCCUCUAAAUUAACCAGACUCGUAUGUAUUAACUACUGAAAGGUUAUUAAUCUCCAUCAGUGCCAAUCAGUGCCUAUUUUUUUUUAGCUUUUUGUCUAACAUUGGAUACCUCACUCACUUCCUAUUUCAUUCAUAAUCUAUUAAUCCGGUUUGACUCUUCACUUUCAUUUGCAGGUUGUCAUGUGAGCUAACAUGCAGGCAGUCACGUAAGUGGCUUAGCACCAAAUCUUUAACAACACGGUUUACUUUUUUUGAGAGUGGACGUUGACCACCGUGCAAACUACGAUGAGUGUUAUUAAAUAGAGUCAACUGGCCUUGGAAGGAUGGAGUAGGGCUAUUGAAGUCCAAAUACUCCAUUCAAAAGAAUAUUAUCCUGAUGUUGUUGAAGGGUGAAUAGCUUCCUACGGAAGAUCCUGUGGAGCCAAAGUAAUAUUUUCUGAUCUACGCAUAGGCACAACCAUGCCUCACUACAAGUAGCCAAUCUAUUAAUGAAAUUUGACAUGAUGAAGCUUUCACCGGGCUCAUCUUGCUCCAUCCUCUCCUUCAGCCUCCUUCCAGUAUCACUCAUUUCCUUUCUCUUCUUCGUCAUAUACCCCAACGAAUUCCGCCUCCAAUCUUUACUUACCUCAAGCAGUCACUGCACCAACUCCUCUUCCGUUGCUGCCUUGGUCGAGUCAGUGACACCAAAGUCAGACUUUCGACUAUUGAUGGGUAUCCUCUCCCUCCCUGACAACUAUGAGCGUCGUCACCUCUUGCGCGAUGUCUAUGCCCUCCAGUUCAGAGACUUCCCCGGUGCUACCAUUGACGUGCGCUUUGUCUUUUGCAACUUGACCAAGGAUGAAGAACGCAUACUAGUGGGUGUGGAGAUCUUGCUCCAUAGAGACAUCAUAAUCCUCAAUUGUCAAGAGAAUAUGGACCGAGGAAAGACCUACACCUACUUCUCUACUGUGGCUAAGCUUUUCUCUCAUGCACCCUAUGACUACGUGAUGAAAGUAGAUGAUGAUGCGUACUUUCGGUUGGGCAAGUUAGCAGAGUUGUUAAGGGAAAUGCCACGAGCAGAGGUAUACUAUGGGCUAAACAAUUGGUGCUCGACAAGGCACAAAGUGCCAGAGUAUAUGUUAGGGAUGGGCUAUGGAUUGUCAUGGGACCUGGUAGAGUGGGUGGCUACAUCAGACAUCCCGAGGAAGCAUGCUGUGGGGCCGGAGGACUUCCAAACAGGAGUGUGGAUCAAGGAAGGGAAAAAUGGGACUAGGACGUUCUAUAAUAUGGAGCCGCGAAUGCAUGACUUCAAUGAAGAAGAGUCAUCCACGUGUUAUCGACACGAUAUGAUUCCAGAUUCCAUGACAGUCCACAAGCUCAAGAGCCGCCAACGGUGGGCGGCGACUCUAAGUUACUUCAAUGUCACUGCUGGGGUGUAUCCCUCCAAGCUAUACCAUUUGAAUUGAUAUCAAUUCAUGUUUUCCCUUUUUGUUUGUGUUCAUGUAUUAUUACUUAUAAACAUUCUAUUUGACUGAAUUCAUGUUGUCCUAUGAUUUACUUGAACCGUCAAACUUUGAGUAUGAUUCCAUUG